UGGUGAGGAGUGGGACCCCUGUCGUGCACCAACACCACGAUGGAUGACUAUCCGAUGUAUGGGCUACUUGUUGGGUUCUCCCUCUGGGGGACCCUAUGGCGUCUCCUCUUUCCGCUGGGCUUCUGGCCCACCUUUGCGUGUAGAGUAGGGCCCACUCGUGGUGGUACUUCCACCCAACCAUACACGAAGGAGGAGGAGGAGAAGAUGGUCGCCAUCCUGCAGGAGAGGAAGGAGAAGAAGGAGGCCAAGAAGAAGGCCUUGAAAGAAGAACACGCGGCCAAAUUGAAGAAGAUGAAGGAAGAAAUGGCCAGGGAGAAGGAGAGGCUGAUAAAGGAAGAAGAGGAAAAGCUGAAGGAGGUGGAUGAAGAGGAGGAGGGACCACCACUGCAAAGGAGUGGGAAGCACAGCGGCCGCAGCAGUGAUGAGAUGGAGAAGAAGAUUUCGGAGUGGGUCGCCAACUUAUCUUUGGGUGAGGAGGAAGAGGUUGCUAUGUACAUCCCCAAGGAUGAGCAAGGAGCCGCCAUGAAGAAAUGGGAAGCAGAAGAAGAUGUUAUGACGCGGCGGGCGAUGGAGGAUGAACAAAGGAUGGCAUGGAAGCUCGCAGUGAUGAGGGAGAAGAAGAGAAGAGUGGAGGCGRCGAAUGCGGCAAUGCGGGAACUGGAGGAGGUGAGGGCUGCCGUAACAACACAAUUGAUUCCGCAAGUGGAUCUCCAACGUAAAGUGGAGAUCAUCGCCCAGAGCGUUGAGCGGUUAGCUAAAGUGCAAGAAAGGCACUUUGAGUUUAGUCGCAGCCAAGAGAUAUCUGUACGCUCGAUGCGAACUGGCUUACGGGAUUUUGCUCGCAAACUAGUAGGCGUUGUGGGAUCUGAGGUGAGUCAUCGCCUCGAGAAGACGAAGCGUUUUUGUGUCGGCGCCAUCGAAGGCGUCAAGGUGGCCGCUCCCAAGGAGGAGGAGGCCCGUCCUCGCAGGGAUCCAGUCAAAGUCAAAUUCCCUGAUUCCUACAGUGGGAAAAGGGAAGAGAACUUUGACAAUUGGAAGGCCAAUGUUAAGACCUAUGUGCAUUUGCAACAGGUCUCCCCGGAUCAGCAGGUCUUAAUUGCGAUCGAUGCACUUAGAGACGAGGCCGCCAGUUUCGCGAGAUCCCUUGUUCGUGCUGCCAACUGUAGUGACGAUCCAGUUGCGUACUCCUCAUUUACGUCCCUCACCAAAUUCCUGAAGUUGYUGCGCGAGCGAUUUGCUGAUGUCGCUCGCAGUGUCAAGGCCUCAGAUAAGCUCCAAACCAUCCAUUCUCGUAAAUGGAAGAGUGCCAGGGCACUCAAGGGUACAAUGGAUGAGUUGGUGGCCGUCCCUGACCAUGGGGUCACAGAGGGCCAGUUGGUCAACCUCUUUUACCGGGCUAUGCCCGAAGCCUUUCGAGGGCAGUUCUUCGCGAAGAGCGAAGACCCUGCCACCACUUACGAUUCCCUUAGUCGUGAGGUGGUGGCUUUUGAAGCGAAGUCAGUGUCCCUGUCCACCUUUUGGCAUAAGGAUUUGGACAAGGGAAAGCAAUGGAAAGGCCGCACUAUCUCAGGGCAGGUAAAGACCAAGGAUAGCCUUGUCCUGACUUUAGAUGAAGGUAGUGUGGAUGAGAUCCCCUACGAUCAAAUUGAGUGGGGGUUAGAGGAGGAGGACAGCGGUGUGGGCCAGGGGAGAUCCUACGCUGCUGUCGCGGCUGGAGGGAGGCCGCAAGGAGGAAGAGGCCAGGGCCAAGGGGGCCGGGCCUCAGGGAACCGAUUCCAGGGCGAUCAGGGGGUUGGCGGCAGAGGAGGAAACCGCCAAGUGGGAGGCAGGGGUCAAGGUCCCUCGCAAAACCGUCCUAGGAAUAGAGUUUCGCUAGACACCUCCCUCACAGGCGUGGCCGAAGAGUUGAAGGAGAGGAUGCCUGCCUGGGCCAAGAUGAAGAAGAAGAAUAAAGGGCAGCUUAUAUUGCUAGAUACAGAGAUUUUUAGAAGUAGAGUAGGGGCCCUAGUAGACUCAGGGGCCACUCGCAGCUAUAUUAGUAGGAAAGCGCUGCAGAAGUUGAGGCUGGGACUUAAAGUCCAGAAACUGACAGACCCCAUAGUUAGUAUCCUCGCGGACAAUCGUACUAUGAUUGUAGAGGAUUACGUAGAGGACAGCCUCCCAUUUGACAUUGUCCUGGGAAUGGAUUGGGGAGAGGCAGCCGGGGCAACGCUCCAUCUGAAGGAGCAUGAGUGUAGGCUCCCUAGUUCUACAGGGGAGGCUAAGACUGCCCGCCUGUUCCAUGUGUCAGGAGUAGAGAAUUCCUUGGCGCAUUGCUGCCUUAGUGCCCCCGCAUUCGCCAGAUUGGUGAAGAAGGAGGGAUUGGAGGAACAGGUCUUUGUUGCCUAUGUUAGGCCAGUGACUGAGCCUACGGAGGAAAAGCCGAUGGACCCCGCGAUUGCCAAGCUGCUGGAAGAGCUUAAGGAUUUGACUGAGCCGCCAACAGGCACGGUGCCGCGGCCCAUCCAGCACCGUAUUGAGAUAGAGCCUGGCAGUAGGACUCCUAAGGGUGCUGUGUAUAGGAUGUCCCCGCGGGAGUUAGAGGAGCUUCGCAAGCAGUUAAACGAGCUCCUCGAGAAGGGUUGGAUUAGGUCCAAUUCGUCUCCUUUCGGAGCACCUGUCCUCUUUGUUCCUAGGAAAGAGGGAGGGCUGAGAAUGUGCAUAGACUAUAGGGGUCUGAAUGCUAUUACAGUGAAAAAUGCUGAGCCACUGCCGAGGAUAGACGAUCUCUUAGACCGAGUGCAGGGGGCCAAGUAUUUCUCUAAGAUAGAUUUAAAGUUCGGAUAUCAUCAGAUAGAGGUACACCCUGAUGAUCAGUAUAAGACUGCCUUCCGGACUAGGUACGGGCAUUACGAGUUUAUAGUGAUGCCCUUUGGACUAACCAAUGCGCCAGCUACGUUCCAGCGCUGUAUGAACGAUUUGUUUAGGYCGUGGUUAGACAGAUUUGUUGUAGUUUACCUAGAUGACAUCCUAGUGUUUAGCCGGACCCUUGAAGAGCAUCAGGGUCAUCUCAGGCAGGUCUUGGAGAAGCUGAGGGAAGCUAACUUCAAGAUCAAUGCAAAGAAGUGCGAUUGGGCGAAGACCCAAGUUUUGUAUUUAGGCCACGUCUUAGACGGAGACGGCGUUAAGCUAGAGGAUAGCAAGAUCGCAGCGAUUAGAGAUUGGCCCACACCACGUACGCUGACAGAGUUGCGCUCGUUCCUGGGCCUAGCUAAUUACCAUAGGAAGUUCGUGAGGAACUUCUCCACCAUCGCUGCGCCCCUUCGCAGAUUGCUGAGAAAAGAGACAAUCUGGAAGUGGGACAAGGAUUGCACGUCUGCGAUGAAAAAAUUAAAGCAGGCGUUGAUAGAGUAUCUGGUCCUUAAGGUCGCCGAUCCGUCCUUGCCUUUUGUCGUUACUACGGAUGCUAGCCAGUACGGCAUAGGCGCGGUGUUGCAGCAAGACGAUGGCAAUGGGUAUAGACCCGUAGAGUUCAUGUCCGCCAGAAUGCCUUAAGAGAAGGUUGCGACAUCUACCUAUGAGAGGGAACUCUACGCUCUCAGGCAAGCAUUAGACCACUAGAAGCACUACUUGCUUGGGAGGCACUUCAAAGUCUAUUCGGACCAUGAAACGUUACGAUGGUUAAAGACCCAGGCCAAGAUGACACCUAAGCUUACAAGGUGGGCCGGAGAGAUAGAUCAGUACGACUUCGAGCUCAAGCCUAUCAAAGGGAAGUACAACGUAGUCACGGAUGCUCUAAGUAGGAGAGCAGAUUACUUUGGGGCAAUAGUACAUCACCUCAAUAUAGGAAAGGAUCUGCAACAAAAGGUUAGAGAAGCC